AUGGGUAAUGUUUUUGGGAAUCUUUUUAAAGGCCUUUUUGGCAAAAAAGAAAUGCGCAUUUUAAUGGUUGGAUUGGAUGCUGCUGGUAAAACAACCAUUUUAUACAAACUGAAACUUGGUGAAAUUGUUACUACUAUUCCAACAAUUGGAUUUAAUGUUGAGACUGUCGAAUACAAGAAUAUUUCCUUUACUGUAUGGGAUGUCGGCGGUCAGGACAAAAUUCGUCCUUUGUGGCGACAUUACUUCCAAAAUACACAAGGAUUGAUCUUUGUUGUUGACAGUAAUGAUCGUGAACGUGUUGGUGAAGCCCGUGAAGAGCUUAUGAGAAUGUUGGCUGAAGAUGAACUCAGAGAUGCUGUUUUACUUGUAUUUGCUAAUAAACAGGAUCUUCCAAAUGCUAUGAAUGCAGCUGAAGUAACAGAUAAACUCGGACUCCACUCGUUGAGAAAUCGCAAUUGGUACAUUCAGGCAACCUGUGCAACAAGUGGAGAUGGUCUUUAUGAGGGUCUCGAUUGGCUUUCAAACCAACUCAAGAACAGAAAUUAA